ACAACACUGCUGGCCAAUGGAGUUCCCGGAUCUGGAGGGCGGGGGCGGGAUUUCCUGGCGAAGGGGAGGAGAGUGGGGCUGGUGCGGGCUGGCGGUGUCCGUGGUGUGGAGCCGUCGCUGUCAUGGCUGCCGCUGCCACCGCGGCUUCUCCAGCUGAUAAGGAGAGAUUCAUCUGCAUUUAUCCAGCGUAUUUGAAUAACAAGAAGACAAUAGCAGAAGGAAGAAGGAUACCUAUAGACAAAGCUGUUGAGAAUCCUACAUCUACAGAAAUCCAAGAUGUAUGUGCAGCAGCUGGAUUCAAUGUGCUAUUAGAGAAAAACAAGAUGUAUCCUAGAGAGUGGAACAGAGAUGUGCAGUACAGAGGUAGAGUACGAAUCCAGCUCAAACAAGAUGAUGGCAACCCGUGUUUACCACAGUUUCCAACACGUAAAUCAGUGAUGCUGUAUGCUGCAGAAACCAUUCCCAAACUGAAAACAAGAACCCAAAAGAUGGGAGGGAGUGAUCAAAAUCUUCAGCAAGGAGAGGGAGGCAAGAAAGGUAAAGGGAAGAAAAAGAAAUGAGCUCACAUCUGGAAUAAUUAUUGUAUCACAUAAUUGUACUUACCACAAAUACGGAGGGACACAUUACUCCUACAACUUUGAAGUGAAAGAUACAAGCAAGAAAUAAACAGGUGAAGCUGAGGAGAACUGCCUGCUUUUCUUGGAACUGAAUGCAUGUAGCUGCCUCACAUCUGUGUAACAACAAAUCUGUCUUCACACACAACCUGCAAGUCUGAAGCUAGCAUUCCCUUUGAAAAGUGGAGAGAAACAUAAGCAAAUGGGGUGGGUGGGAGUAUUAUUAUUUCCAGAAGAAAUAUGCAGCUUUUGAUAAAUAAAUAUUCUCAUGCAGACUAGAUAUCUGAAAACUGGUUGCCUUAGUAAAACAUUGUUCUAUGUUAGAGAAGUGAUUGUCUUAGCUCGGGAGAGUCUUUAGCAGAAAAAUGUAAACCGAUUAAGUUGUCACUCUGUAAACUUCCUUUGCUAAUCUUUCACAGCUAUCAAGUGUACCAAUAAAGGUAACGUUAAUUAUGAAA